AUGGCAGCUCUAGUCGGUGCCUCACUUAUGGCAAUCUCUGCAUUUUUCAUUCACAAGCGCUCCGUUGAUCAAGUCCUGGAUCGCCUCAUCACCAUCCGCCGCAAGUCCGUUCUCAAAUCUCAUCGCAAAGGGAAGGAGGAGGAAAUCGAUAUGGUAGAUAAUAACAAUUACGAUGAAGAUGAAGAGUACGGAUCAGAUGGAGAACUGAUGCGUAUUGACCGGAAAAUGUGUGUGUCGCGCUCCUUGGAUGAUAAUAGAGCAAUUCCAAGUUAUAGGAUAUCGUCUUCCAUGCCCAAUGCCGUGUUGAACAAUGAUUGGUUCGAUGAGGAGUCAAUGAGGUUUGGCCCCGGUGCUCGUGGAGAAGAUAAUAACCUCAAUUUCAUUCCCUCAGGGCUUCCUCCUCUACAUACCGUUCCAAGAGAAGGAGAUGGUAAGACUCUGAACUACUCUAGUUCUGUUACAAGGAUGACAUCUAUUGGAAGAUUAAUGACUCCAAGAUCUCCAAGUGGCAAUGCCUUUGAAUAUUCGGUGGAUUCUGAAGAGGAAGGAACGGCACUUGCCGACGAAGAUGCUAUUCUUUAUUCUCAGACAGUGGAUUCUUCAGCUGAUUAUACAAACGUCACCGGGAUGUCAGCCUUUGAAAAAAAUACUCAACAGGAUGUUGAUUCAAAAAUUCAAAAUCCUACUGUUUUACAAUUUAGUGGUGUUGACAGUACAUACAGUGUUCCUGAACAGAAUAUUGGAGCUAGUGUUGAACAACAUGGUGACGGAAAGGUACAUGCAACUUCAGUUCAGCGAGUGGGAAACAAUCCUCCUUUUGCCACCAUGAUUUUGCCUCAAAGAACUUCAGUGCCUGGGGAAAAAAAAGAAUCAAUAAAUGUAGAAGAGAAAGAAGUGCGUAAGAUGAUUUGUGAGUGUUUGGAUUUGAGAAAUAGAUAUGUUUAUGCGGAAAACGUUGCUCCAUGGAUGAAGCAAGCUGUGGAACAAUCUACUGCAUCAGGGGUGAAUACUAAUCUCUUCGAACCUUUUCCAGCAACUACACAUUGUUUUAGGAUGGAAGAUGGAGUUGUUCAUGUUUAUGCCAGUGAACAUGAUACUAUAGAACUUUUCCCUGUUGCUAGUGCAACUGCUUUUUUCACUGAUAUGCAUCACCUUUUAAGAAUCGUUUCCCUUGGAAAUGUUCGCUCUGCGUGCUAUCACAGGCUACGAUUUCUCGAGGAGAAAUUCCGCCUUCAUCUGUUAGUAAAUGCAGAUAGGGAAUCCUUGGUUCAGAAGAGUGCACCUCACCGUGAUUUCUACAAUAUCAGAAAAGUGGAUACACACGUGCAUCACUCUGCUUGCAUGAACCAGAAGCAUCUCUUACGUUUCAUCAAGUCAAAACUUAGAAAAGAACCAGAUGAGGUUGUUAUAUUCAGAGAUGGAAAAUACAUGACACUAAAAGAAGUUUUUGAGAGUUUAGAUUUAACUGGGUAUGUACUACCCCGACUUUACAAUGUGUACAAGCAAAUGGGAACAGUUAAUUCUUUCCAGAAUAUACUUGAUAAUGUUUUCAUCCCACUAUUUGAAGUUACAAUCAAUCCGAGCUCUCAUCCUCAACUACAUGUUUUUUUAAUGCAGGUUGUGGGAUUAGAUAUUGUCGAUGAUGAAAGCAGACCAGAAAGGCGACCAACUAAACACAUGCCAAAGCCAGCUGAGUGGACCAAUGAGUUCAAUCCAGCAUAUUCCUAUUAUGCAUAUUACUGUUAUGCAAACUUGUAUACUCUUAACAAGGCUGGUGAUAUUGACCAUUUGGCUGCUGCAUUCCUUCUAUGCAAUAAUAUAUCUCAUGGGAUCAAUUUGCGGAAAUCCCCUGUUUUGCAAUAUUUGUAUUACCUGGCUCAGCGUGGCUUGAAUGUUUCUCUCUCAACUGACGACCCUUUGCAAAUUCAUUUAACAAAAGAACCGCUGGUGGAAGAGUACAGUGUUGCAGCAAAGGUGUGGAAGCUCAGUGCUUGUGACCUAUGUGAGAUAGCAAGAAAUUCUGUUUAUCAAUCUGGAUUUUCUCAUGCGGCAAAGUUAGGAGAUGGCAUCGACGAUUUGAAGUCUGAUACUUUAGAACUUCGUUUGUUGUCAAGAAUGGCUGCUGUAACCUUUAGUCAAAAACGGCAAAGAAGCCACGACAACUUAAAACGCAUGCAGCGUGCUCGAGUUGGUACUGCUGCUACAGCAAGAAGAGACGAGUGCUAG